CAAUUACCACAGCGAUCGAUCCCCCACCUGCCAAAUACUUGAACAAUUACUACACCUUUUAACUUCGCAUAACAUUCCUGUCCUGAAGAUGAUCCCUAGCACCACUGCAAAUCGCUCUGUCAAAUGGGAGAAACAUGUACACAGUCUAUUUGGGCUGAGGGUGUCAGAUUUUUCUCAAGACAACCUUGGUGUAAUCCUUGACGAUUCCCCGUUCAUUCUUGAUGGGUCAACACCCAAGGCCGAGGCUGGGGAUAGUUGGCAGCAAGUUAUAAGCGAGCCUGCCUACUCACCUCUGGUCCCCUUGAGCAUUGGUCCCCCUGUUGGUGAACAAACAAUAACAGAUCAGAUAUUAACACCGAAAUCAGGUGGUGGCAGAGGUUGGCUUCUGAAAACUUUGCCUGGUGUGAGGGACAUAGAAGUUGAUGCUACUGGAGUAACCGAGAAUGUCGGGUACGGUGGCACUGAAGGGUUUGCAGACAAUAGUUAUAAAAGUCAUUUCUUAGAAAAAGACAAUACAAACGGGAGUGAAAAUGAAGGGAAAAAUUAUGGUAUAAGUUUUGCUCUUGACACAUCAGGGUGGUUCACGACCCCAGACACAACAGGGCCGCUGCUUUUGGAUGCCCAAGACACCGCCACUGGCUGGAUCAACAAAAGCUCUUGGAAAUGGAAUGCUGAUGACUCACCUCCAAACUUCAAUGAGUCACUUGCGUGUAAGAAUCUCUCCUUCAAUGGAUCCGGUUGCUUGCUUGAGGAUGCAGCACCGUUAGUUAUUACUCCGGAGAGCCUAGCACUGUGUCUUUUGCUCCUAUUCUUCGCUGUUUCUACCAUCUUCGGCAACGGAUUAGUGAUAGUGGCCGUCACCCGGGAGCGGUACCUUCAUACGGUCACCAACUACUUCAUCAUGUCGCUAGCCGUCGCCGAUUGUCUUGUUGGAGCAUUUGUUAUGCCUUUCAGUGCCCUGUACGAUUCAUUCGACUAUUGGCCUUUUGGUCCAGAUUUUUGUGAUGUAUGGCGUAGUUUUGAUGUGCUGGCCUCAACAGCAUCCAUACUCAACUUGUGUGUUAUAUCAUUAGAUAGAUAUUGGGCCAUCACAGACCCUUUUAGCUACCCUAGUCGUAUGUCCCCUCGACGGGCUUGCUUACUUAUCGCCCUAGUGUGGGUAUGUUCAGCCCUCAUCUCUUUUCCAGCCAUAGCGUGGUGGCGAGUGGUAUCAAAUCCUCAUCCUGCUGGAGUUUGUCCCUUCACAGAGGACCUUUCCUACCUUGUAUUCUCUUCUAUCAUUAGUUUCUAUGGGCCCUUAUUUGUCAUGGUCUUCACCUACUUCCGUAUAUACCGUGCAGCCACGGAACAGACGCGCUCUCUAAAGCUGGGUCAGAAGCUAGUAUCUUCCAUAGGUAAUGGAGACAUGGAAUUAACUCUCCGGAUCCACCGUGGAGGCGGCGGAACCGGUGGAAGCACCAGUAGUAAUGGUAAUGACGUCCACAGAGCCAAUUACCCGGCAGGGAAAACGUGCAGCAUCACCCAAGAAAACGGUGGCAUCAGUGAUCCCCACGGAAUAGGGCCACCUCUCGAGGAAGGAGAGUCUUAUCCACUGGGCACUAUGCAUGAAGGUAUCUCGCCGGAUAGCUCCACUAAAGUGGUUGCCCGUAACCUGAAAAAUUUCUCAAUUUCUCGCAAACUUUGUAAAUUUGCCAAAGAAAAAAAGGCAGCUAAGACAUUGGGCAUUGUGAUGGGUGUGUUUAUCGUAUGCUGGCUGCCAUUCUUCGUCACCAAUCUUCUAUCGGGGUUGUGUGGGGAGCGAUGCAUCCGAGAACCGGCACUAGUGGAUGGUGUUGUCACUUGGCUCGGUUGGAUCAAUUCUGCCAUGAAUCCCGUCAUCUAUGCUUGCUGGGCCAAGGACUUCAGAAGGUGA